CAAAUCGAGGGCGAGGAAUACUAAAACAAACUUCAUUGCUUCUUCUCCAAUUCAAAAAUCAACUUACAAAAAUCAUCAAGAUUCUGAAUCAUAUCCCCAUCUCUCCAUAUCUUAUAGUAUCUCUCUCUCUCUCUCUUCAAACCUCUCCUCAUAUAUAUUCCACAUUUCAUUCCUCUCCACAUCACCAUUUCUCCCUCCUUCAAUUCUUCUUCAACUCUCAAAUUUAAUCCCACAAAUAUAAAUAUAUAAGCAUGAACGGAUUAGCAGCAGAAACGCAGUUCCAUGUGCUAGCAGUUGAUGAUAGCAUCAUUGAUAGAAAAUUGAUUGAGAGGCUGCUUAAAACUUCUUCUUAUCAAGUUACCGUUGUGGAAUCCGGAGUUAAGGCUCUUGAAUUCUUGGGAUUGGUUGACGAUGAAGAAGAUGAUGAAAUUUCAAAUUCAAAUUCAAAUUUCCAAAGAGUUGAAGUCAAUCUGAUCAUCACAGAUUACAGCAUGCCAGCAAUCACCGGCUACGAUCUCCUCAGAAAAAUCAAGAAAUCGAGCUGGUUGAAAGACAUCCCAGUUGUGAUAAUGUCGUCAGAAAAUGUGCCAUCAAGAAUCAACAGCUGCUUGGAAAAUGGAGCAGAAGAAUUCUUCCUAAAACCAGUUCGACAAUCCGAUGUGAAUAAGCUGAGGCCACAUUUGAUGAGAGGGAAAAACACUAAUAUUAACAAGAGAAAGCCUGCACAAGAAUGCCUCUCGCCUGAUCGCACAAGAACAAGAUUCAAUCAUGAUUUGGAAUGAUUUUUUAUUUUUAUUUUAAUUAAAAUUUUGAGUUUUGAGUUAAAUUGAUUUCCUUCUUUCUUAGACAUACAAAUGUUUCUAGAGGUCGGUAGAAACUAUACACAUACUGUGUAAAUAUAUUUCGAAAAGAGAAUUAAAUUUGAGGGCCAUUUUAUA